GCGUGGUAGGCACAACAAGCCCAGCGCUCGGUCGCUCGGUUCAGUCCUGCGCUGCUCCCACUGCGGCUCCUGCCUGGCACCGACGCACCCGGCUCGACCGGGACGCGGCGGUGAGCUCGUCCCUCCGCCGUUCACAUCGCACCAACGUGAGCGUGUGACGGCUCCUCCUCGCGGACGCGCACACGGGUCGGCACGCGCGCGGCUCCGGAGAGAGUCGCACCGGUCCGCUGCGAACAGACCACCCCCCCCCACACUCCCCAGCGCGGAGCCGGACGGUCCCGCCCGCAGCCCGGACCAUGGCGGAGAGGAGCGGCCGGUUGAGUUUCCCCGGCAGCGGGGCUCUCAACAGGCCGGUGCCCAUGAACCUGUUCGCGACGUGGGAGAUAGACGGAUCCUCGCCGAACUGCAUCCCGAGGUUGUGCAGUCUGACGCUGAAGAAGCUGGUUGUGAUGCGAGAACUGGACAAGGAGCUGAUCUCUGUGGUCAUAGCCGUUAAAAUCCAGGGCUCCAAGAGGAUUUUAAGGUCCCAUGAGAUAGUGCUGCCACCCAGUGGGUCCGUGGAGACGGAUCUAGCGCUCACCUUCUCCCUGCAGUACCCGCACUUCUUAAAACGAGAGGGAAACAAGCUGCAGAUCAUGCUCCAAAGGCGGAAGCGAUACAAGAACCGAACUAUCCUGGGCUACAAAACUCUGGCAGUGGGCUCCAUCGACAUGGCCGAGGUGAUGCAGCACCCGACGGAGGGAGGCCAGGUCCUUCCUCUCUGCAGCAACCAGAAGGACAUGCUGGGGAAGGUGGCGGAGAUCUGGAUCUUCUCCCUGUCCAGUCAGCCCAUCGACCACGAGGAGGCGGCGCUGCAGGACGGGCAGAAGAUCAAAUGCUCAGACAACUACUCAGAGGAGGAGUACGAGAGCUUCUCCUCGGAGCAGGAGGCCAGCGACGACGCCGUGCAGGCGCAGGAUCUGGAGGACGACGAGUACGACGUGAGGAAGCCCAAGAAGCAGCGGAGGUCCAUUGUGAGGACUCCAUCCAUCACCAGACAGCAGAACUUCAAGCAGAGGGUGGUGGCCCUGCUGAAGCGCUUCAGAGUUUCAGACGAGGUGCUGGACUCGGAGCAGGACCCCGCGGAGCCGCCCCCGGAGGUGGAGGAGGAGGAUCUGGACCUGGACAGCGUGGAGUUCGAGAACCCCAGCGACAGCGGGCCCGAGCUGGACGACGACGACAGCGUCCUCAGCACCCCCAAACCCAAACUCAAGCCAUACUUCGAGGGUCUCUCUCUCUCCAGCUCUCAAACCGAGAUCGGCAGCAUCCACAGCAGCAGGAGCCACAGGGAGCCCCCCAGUCCGAUUGACCCAGAUAGAUCCAAGUGCAGUGGGGCCAAGUUUCCAGAUGACAGCGCGUCUGAUAACGUCACAUUUGAGCAGCCGGAGGCGGUGACUCCGACCACGGAGCUGGAGAUGGACAACAUGGACACGUUUUUAGAGCGGCUGCCGCCAAGUGGGAAAAUGACCAAGACAGAAUCCCUCAUCAUUUCAUCCACCAGGCAGGAGCCGAAGCUGGCCGGGAGGCGCGGCCGCAGCACGUCGCUGAAGGAGCGGCAGCCCAGCAGGCCGCAGAGCGAGCGGGCCAACAGCCUGGACAACGAGCGCUCGCUGGACACGCGCUGCCACCUGCAGAUCCCGCGGAAAACCGUGUAUGACCAACUGAACCACAUCCUGGUGUCUGAUAACCACCUGCCAGACAGCAUCCUCCUCAUCAACACGUCCGACUGGCAGGGCCAGUACCUCUCCGACCUGCUGCAGAACCAGCAUCUGCCGGUGGUCUGCACCUGCACCACGGCCGACAUUCAGGCCGCGUUCAACACCAUCGUCUCCCGCAUCCAGAGAUUCUGCAACUGUAACUCCCAGACGCCCGUCCCCAUCAAGAUCGCGGUGGCCGGGGCGCAGCACUACCUCGGCGCUGUGCUGAGGCUCUUUGUGGAUCACCUGUCCCAUAAAACCCCGGACUGGCUCGGCUACCUGAGGUUCCUCAUCAUCCCCCUGGGUGCACAUCCAGUCUCCAAAUAUCUCGGCACCAUCGAUCAUCGAUACAACAGCUUGUUCCAGGACUCUGCUUGGAGGGACCUGUUUCACAAGCCGGAGGCGCCUGUUGUUGCCCAGGAGAGCCCAGAUGUGGUGUCGAGGGUCACUCAGUACAUGGUGGGAGCCAAUGGGGCUCACCAGCUCCCGAUCGCGGAGGCCAUGCUCACCUACAAACAGAAGAGGAAAAAGAGCUUUCAUUUUGAUUUUGCAGUAAGUCUCUCUGUUUCCUCCCUGGGGGGGCGAUGGCAGGUUUCUUCAAGCCCCGAUGAGGACUCCUGUCAGAAAUUCAUCCCUUUCAUCGGGAUGGUGAAAGUUGGCAUCGUGGAGCAGACGUCUGCCGUGUCAGGAGACUCUGAUGACGCGGCGCCGCUCGGCUCCUCGCUUCUCUCCUCCACCCCUCCGCAAGUGUCACCUGCUCUCAAAGAGGCAUCUCCCACGCCACCCUCCUCUCCCUCCAUCAACACCAGCUUCUGUGCUUACAGCUCUGGUGGCCAGGCGGAGCUGAUGGGGCUUCAGGUGGACUACUGGGUGGCUCCUUCAGAGAGGAAGAAGGAUGUGGAGAAGCGGGACUCCUCCUCCAAAAACACUCUGAAGUGCAAUUUCCGCUCGCUGCAGGUCAGCCGGCUGCCACUAGGGGGCGCCGAGCCGAGUCCCCAACCCACCAUGUCCAUGACUGUGGUCACCAAGGAGAAAAAUAAGAAGGUCAUGUUCCUGCCCAAGAAGAGCAAAGACAAGGAGGUUGAGUCAAAGAGCCAAGUGAUCGAGGGCAUCAGCCGGCUCAUCUGCACUGCCAAGCACCAGCAGACCAUGCUGCGAGUGCUGAUCGACGGCGUCGAGUGGAACGACGUGAAGUUUUUCCAGCUGGCGGCACAGUGGUCCUCGCACGUUAAACACUUCCCCAUCGGGAUCUUUGGACACACAAAAGGCCCUUACUAGCAGCACUUAAGAGACUGAGUCACUGAGGGCAGCAGCUUUUAACGUCCCACUUCUUCUAGUCUGCUGUCUUAAUUUAAGCUCCUGCUUUCCACUGUUACAUUUGUGUCAUUAUUUAAUCGUUUGCUUUUUUUUAAUUGUAUAUUUAUGUGUCUAGAGGCAGGGCUACCGGGGCAAUAUUUCUUUACUCUGCUUUUUAAAGACAAAUCCUGCUGAUGUUUUAGAUACUUAGAAACCCCGAUCAGAUAUGAAUUUGAAAGAAUUCGCUUGGUUUAUUCAGUGAGGUUGGUUUUAAGGACCAUCCUCCAUAAUUAAUGAAAAACACAAGAGCAGCUGCCUUUUAAUGAAGUUGAAGAGGUGACACUUUUUUUAUUUUCUAAUGAUGAAAGAGACUGACAAAGAUAUAAAUGACCCCUGACCUUUGUACUUUGCACUCAAUUAGAGAUCUUACGUUUAAUAGACUAAAUACUGUGUGAAUGCAAUUCUGAAUAAUCCCCUGGCACUGUUUGAAGAUUACACGCUGCUCUUAGUUGUGGUUCUCACUCUGUGUAAACCUCUGCUACCUUCACCUGCUGGCGAACUGAGGAAGAGUCCUGCUCUAAAGUCAGACCUGCAACAGCACAGCGUGACCUGUAUUUCAUGCAUGAAGGUACUGUAGGCGAGAGUGACGUAAUAAUGCAAACCUUUAUUCGACACUUUCAACCAGCAUCUCUGAGAGUUACAUAAUCCAGCCACAGUCCAACGGGCCGCUGGCUGCGAGAGUCUCGAGCACAAGUGCACAAACAAGUUCGCUUACUGAACUAUUCCCUUAGAUUUGUGCAGUCAAAGUGUUCUAAUAGUUUUUCUUUCACCUAGACAGAACUCUUCCUCCAGCCCCACACUCCUCUAACACACUCCACAUCUUCUGCCUAGAAGCAGAUGUUACCUCUGCCAAAGGAAACGCUCGUCGGCUGCAGCUCACUCAUUACCUGUGUGGUGUUCUAGAAGACUUCAUAAUGUAGAAGUGAAUGUAUUGAAAGUACCUUAAUGUAAAGCACUUUUAAAUGUUUAUAGAGGUUUUAGCGUGUUGGACUCGCCCCCCUUCUCCCCUCCGCAGACCUGCAGGUACGACGGCACACGACGGACGCCGUCUGUCUAUCUGAGCGCGUCAACAGCACAAGCAGUGGCGACGUUGCAUACGGUCGAUAUGCAAAACGAACCAAGCAUCUGUAUCAUCUUAGUGCUGUUCAAUGUCACUUCAAGCUCAGCGUGGUGGUCCAUGAAACCGUGUAGGCUUUAGUUUGAUUCUGUACGUUAGGCUAGAACGUGUACGUGAUCUUAACAUUUCAGAAAUGUUACAUCAGUAGUUUGCUCAAACUUCAUUUAAAUGUUUUUAAGCAGAACACUGAAGUAUGUUGCUUAUAACGUUUGUUUCAGUAGCAGUUUCAGAAUAACCUUUGCCGUUUUCUUAAUAAGUGCCUAAAUUGCUUAAUUUUGACAAAUCAAUAUAAAUAUGAAUAAAUAAAUGCUCCUGGCUAACAUGGUGCUGAUUCUGGUCUGACAACAGAAAAAUAUGUGCAUUGAUCCAUUUUUUAAAAUAAAAACAUACAAAGUCAAGGCUGUUUAUCAGGAAGGAAACGAUAUCCGAGGUUUGAACUAAUUAAAAACCACUACAGCUCAUUCAUGUUCAGUAUAUAUUUGUUUCUCUGUGCAAACGAUGUUCUGGUUUUUCAUGUUGUGUCAGAGAGGGCUUGUUAAAACUGGAAGAUCCCCCUAAAGACGACCACUGUAAUCCCAAAGACUGGGAGUAAUAAAACUAAAACAUGCUCUUCUU